AUAAGUUUUGAGUACAGUAUAGUAACAUGUUACAUGUUUAUUAUCGUUUGAUCUUGUAUGUGGUUUAACCAUGUCAUCUUAAUUCUUAGCAUUUAAUAUGGAUAUGACUGUUUAGAUACAAGAAAUUGGUUUUAAUAUAAACAUGUUCAAGGCACAGGCCUUGUACACAUUUGAAGGUGAUACGACUAGUGGGGAACUUAGUUUUAAUGAAGGAGAAACUUUAACAAUAGUACAGCAGCAGGAUGUGGGAGAUGGCUGGUGGGAGGCCAGAAAUUACCUUGGAAAUGUUGGGCUUAUACCACAAGCUUAUGUAGAGAUUAUUGAGCCUCCAGAACCCUCGUUCCCUCCCCCACCACCUCCUAUGCCCACAGCCCCGCCCCCGUCAUCACAAAAUGGGUGGGGCAAUGGAGGUGGGGGAUUGGAGCCCCAGCAGAGUGUAGAUACAUGGGAUGAGGAUGAUUGGGAUGAUGACGAUGAUGAUCAUUCAAGUACGAGCACUGGCGGAGCAUCAAGUUCAUACACUAAUAAUCAAACAGAGUUGCAAGGUCAAGGUAACUUCGGUUUAUCACAGGGCGGCAGACCCAAAAGUUCCACAUCACCACCUUCUGAUAUGUCAAAAUACGGCACAGUGAAGAAAAGUUUCAACAGAUUUUCCCAGUUUGCAAAAGCGGGUGGAGAAGCUUUCAUGAUGGGAAGUUUUCAAUCAAACAAUGUGUCAGAGGCAGAUAUGAUUACAAUAAUAGAAACACCAGAUGGAUUUGAGUGGCAGCCAAACACACAACCUUACACAUGUUCUGUACGGUCACCGAAGAAGGAGAGCAAACUUAAAGGAUUAAAGAGUUACAUUGCAUACCAGAUUACACCCUCAUUCAGUAACAUACAAGUGAGUCGACGGUACAAACAUUUUGACUGGUUACAUAUACAGUUGGAAAACAAAUUUACCUGCGUACCAAUUCCUCCAUUACCUGAUAAAGCUAUCUCUGGGGCUAUUGCCGCUCUCAAUCCCACAUCUUCCUCUAAAGCAGGCCGAUACGAGGAUGAGUUUAUAGACACACGUAUGAAGUUGUUACAGUUAUGGAUCGACAGAAUUUGUCGGCAUCCUGUUUUAUCUCAGUCUGAAGUCUUCCUACAUUUCCUUACAUGUACAGAUGAAAAGAAAUGGAAGCAGGGUAAACGUAAGGCUGAGAAAGAUGAGUAUACUGGAGGAAAGUUUUUCCUUACAUUAAAGACCCCACCUACAGCAUUACAAAGUGGUGAAAUAGAAGCAAAGAUGGAAAACUUUUGCAAAUUUCAGAAAAAUAUGGAAGAUAAUGUUAAAACAUUAUCAGCUGUGGCGUAUGAUAACAGAAAGAAACAUUUGGGUCCAUUUAAAAGAGAAUAUCAGAAGUUAGGAACAGCUUUCAAAGCUUUAGCACAGACUUUUCAUAUGGAUGAUAGUUCAUAUUCCAAACCAUUGACAGGUGCAAUAGAUUAUGUUGGUGAUACGUACAAUAAUAUUGGAGACUUAUUUGAAAAACAGCCUAAGAAUGACCUGGAACCAUUGAUGGAUAUAUUGAAUGAGUACCGAGGGACACUGGGACAAUUUCCUGAUGUGUUAAAAGUGCAUGAAGGAGCAAUAGGUAAAGCUAAGGAAUGUGUCAAACAGCAAGGCGAGGGUAAAAUGUUGGAGUCUGUCGUAGGGACGGUCACGCAACGAGCAGACAUAAUUUCAUUUGGAACUAUGGCAGAAAUAAAUCACUUCCAGCAUUCCCGCUGUGAAGAUUUUAAAGCAACAAUGAAAACAUUUCUCACGGGUCAGAUCAAGUUUUAUCAAGAGAUUGCAAACAACUUGCAAACAGCCUUAGAUCACGUUGAACAAUCCUGAAAACUUUUAAUACAUGUACUAUCUUCAUUACUGAAGUGGAUUCUCAUUGUGUUGCGGCCUUGUUCUUCAAAAAAAAUACUGUCAAAAAAAAAAAUGACUCACCAGAAACUUAGGUUAUCUCCAUAUAGCCAAGUAAAAAAAACAACAAUACUUUCUAUAAAAAAGAAAAAUGUUGGUUUUUGGUUUGUUUUUCUCAAACAGACUAAAAACGUCAAGCUGCAAUCUUGUGUGCUCUAAAAGUAAAGUGAAAUAUCUUUUCUUUUUUUAAAGGUUUUAAAAGUGAGAGAAAAGAUAAGGAAUGAUGGGUAAAGAAAAUCCUUGUUUUAUUAUAAUAAGAUAUUAUAUGAUACAAUGUGAUAAGAUAAGAUAAGAUAGAAAAGGUAUUCUGUUACUUGAGAUUUGGUAGAUUUAGUGAAAUAUAUAAUGAUAUUGUAAAGAAAAAAAAAUGUAUAGGAAAAUUUAUGAAAAUUUAGUUUUAUGAAUAUAUUUGUUUAUUGUAUUGUUAACAAUGCAAAAUGUUGUUAGAUUAUUGUAUUUUAUCAAUCAAUAUAAAGAAUCAAAAACAAUGAUUGAUUUAACAAUAAACAAUGCUGAUUGAUUUUUUUAAUCAUAUAUGUAUGAAAAGUAGAAGAAAAAAAUCUUAGUUUGGUAAAAAUAUUGUUUUAGAAAACUUCUAAGUAUACAUUGAAUUACAUGAAUGCCCCCACUUAAAGCUGACUUUGUUUAAAAAUUUGGACCAUUCACUUUUUUUUUUUUAACAAGUACAUUUUCUAAUCAUGUAAUCGAUGCUUAAUUUUUCUAAGCGACCUCACAUGUUUUUGUUUUUUUAAACUUCUAGUCUAAAUGUUUAAAUGUCUUUGAAAAAUUUAACAUACUAAUGUAUAUGGUAUAUCUUUCAUUAACAUUCUUGGUAUCAUGACAAUAAUAACAAUAUAAAGUUCAGCGGUAUUGAGUUCUCCAGUAAAGAAGACAUUGGUAGAGAGUUCAUCAGUGUAGUGUUUACCAGUAAAGAGUUCCCUGGUAUAGAAAUGACAAGUAUAAUGUUCAACGGUUUAGCAGUAAAGAAGUCGUUGGUAUGGAGUUCACUGGUUUAGAGUUCACUGGUAUAAUGUAAUUUUUACCAGUAAAGAAGUUGUUGGUAUAGAGUUCACUGGUAUAGAAAUGACAAGUAUAAUGUUCACCGAUUUAGCAGUCAAGAAGUCGUUGGUAAGAAGUUCACUGGUUCAGAGUUUACAAGUGUAGAGUUUACUGGUAUGGAGCUAAGUCAGAGUGUAAAGUAUGGUGCCAUCAAACCAGAUUCUGUACUGCUAAGAGAUUACAGUUUUAGUAUUGUGAUACUGAAAUCCCUUUGAAUUUAAAUGGACUGUUCCAAAGUCAAAGCAGGAAUAGUCCAUUAUUAGGAUUUAGGUAAUGGGCUAAAUGAAAAGGAGAUUCAACAGAAUGAGUGAUUUUUAGUUUGCAGGUUUGACACAAUAUUGUUGGAACUACUUUUUAAGAUAUACCAAUAUUUUCACCAACAGUUUUCCAAUGACUUUUUGUAUUUUUUGUUAUUGUCCAAAAAAGUGACUUUUUUUUUAAAUAAGGAAAAAAAAAUGGAAAUUGUAUUAAAGAAUUAGUUGAUAUCUCUCAAUACAUGAGGGUUUGUUAUCUUUAAAUCAAAUAUGAAUAGGAAGAACACUUUAAAUUUUGACUUUUUUUAUCAGAUUAAAUGGUUUUAGUCACUUCGCCUUUGUGAGAAUUGUAGUGAUAUAUUGUAACAUUUCAAGGAUUUUAAAGCAAGACAACAGUAACUAUUGCUAAUAUAAAAUAAAUAUAUAAUUUAAUUUAGCAUAAACUCGUAGAAUCUUUUUUAAAUUUCUAAAAAUAAAAAAUAUGUUAUUCAUAUAUUAUCAUCAUUAUUAAAGAUUAGUUCAUUUUUGUACAAUUUUUUCGUCAUUUGAGCCACGUCAUAACAAAACCAACAUAAUGCGUUUGCGACCAGCAUGGAUCCAGACCAGCUUGCGCAUCCACGCGGUCUGAUCAGGAUCUAUGCUAUUUGCUUACCAACUCUAUUACAAGUAGAGAAACUGAUAGCGAACAGCAAGGAUCCUGAUCAGACUGCGCGGAUGUGCAGGCUGGUCUGGAUCCAUGCUGGUCGCAAACGCACUAUGUAUGUUUUGCCGUGAUGCGGCUUUUUUUUUUUUCACAAAGGAUAUUCUAUUUUAUACACAGUGUACAUAUAAUUAUAGCAUCAUUUCAGGAUUUAUUAACAUUUGGUGCUUCAAUGUUUCUUGUAUGACAUAGUCAUAUUUAUUCAAUGAUUCAAAAUCAAGGGAUAUUCUAUUUUUUCCACAGUACUUGGUGUUAAAAAAAUGAUCAUCUAGAUUGAUAUAUUAUAGCCAUGAAAUUGUUUGCAUAAUUUUGACAAUUUUUAUCAAUUUUUACAUUUUUUUUCACAAAUACUUUCACAACGUUUCAAGUGCUGUGAAAAGUGUUGUUUUUCUGCACAAGUCAUUUAUAUUGGUACCAAGAAAUAUUUCAUUUUAUCAAUUUUGACUUUAAAGUUUUACGAAGGGUUCUCUCAUGUGCCUCAAAUAAUGCACAUAGGGUAGGGGGACACCUGAGGUCUUUAUCCUCCAGUAAAGCUGGAAUGUCACCAUAUGACCUUUUCUGUGUUGGUGAAUCUUAAUACCAAACAACAAAUGGUAGAAAACUGUUCAGUUUGAAUGUAAAUUUACAUCGACUAUAAGUUAAGUUGAAACAUAUUUGUCUCCCCUCUAUUUUUAAGAAAGUACUUGCAAGUUGCAUUUUGCCAAAUUAUGCUUUCAUGAACUAACAAGUACUGGUGUUAUAUUUGUCUGUUAUAAUAAGAGGAAAUCAUAGCCCGUGACCACAACAGGACUUGAAUCCUGAUCUUGAGGCAGACAUUUGAAACAUUGAACUACCACUCCCCUUAGUUGCCAUUAAAAUAAAAAAAGAACAGAAAACUAAAAUGAUACCAGUCAUAUGACUAGAACAAAAAAAGAAAGAUUAGGAAAGAAUGCUUUUUUAAAGUGAUUUCUUGCGGCAAGUUCUGUAAAAGUAUGAAGGAUAUGUAACUUGAAAAAUUCUCAAAAAUAUUUUGGUUAAAGUACAUUAGUUAAUUGAACCUUGUAAGAGAAAAUAAGAUAUCCCUCGGGUUUUGAAUUAAUGUUUCAUUGUUAAGUUUCUUGUUAAUUGAUUGACAGUUUAAUUUGUGUUUUAAUGAAUGAAAUUACAAAUUGAAUUUAUAAAUCAGUUAUAAAUCAAUGUAUUUUGUAUUCGAUUUAUUAUGUGUAUCACAUUGUUUUAUUCAGAAAAUAGUUCUACUAUGAAGUGCUGCUUGACUUGAAUGUAUGAAUAAAAAAUGUCUUUAUAUGUAUAGAAGUUAUCAUAAGUGAUAAUGAGACUUUUUUGAUGAUGAAAAACAUUUUCAGUGUUGUCUAAAUAUUUAAUCAAACAUUACAGAUCAUCUUUUAUUCAAAUGAUUUUUUUUAUUCAUAAAAAAAAUGAUGUUCAUAGUUUAUAAGUGUUGUGUAAAGUUAAAUGUCCUUUCUUUUUCAAACAGUGGAAUAUUUGCGCCAUAAAUUUGAAUUUGUAAAUGCGGAAUACAUGAUGCAUCUUUCACUUAAUAAGAACUUCAACCUUUCUGUGGAAUUGAUGUGGUAUUUUUGUCUUUACUUUGGCUUUGUGAAGCAUAUUGUUUUCCUUCUAUAUGGAUUAUAUCAUCUAAAUUAACCCUGGGCUAUGUAACCAGUACAGACCAAGAUCAGCCAGCAUUUCAGUGGCGGUUUGAUCAUCGCCUGCAUUAUUUCCUACUCAUUCAAUUCAUAUUUUGUGACUUUAGUUUAAGUGGGAGACUCACACUUUCUGCAGCCAUAUUUUCAAAAAAAUUUCUUAAAAUAAGGGGUAUUUUCAAAAAUUAAAGAAAUCUCCAUAUUUUUGAUGUCAGAACUUGCUUCUUUGUUUAUUGCAAAUUCUAAAAUCUCCUUUUUAAAGUAAAAUCUCCCACUUGAUCAUCGAAAAAAAGUUCACAUGUAUUGUUUUGUCCAGAUUGAAAGAUAGACACACAUUCAUUUAAUAUAAUUUACAUAAGGAGAGUUUAUUUUGAAUUUCAGGUGGUAUAAAACAUAUUCUUCCUGUGGAUUAUGUGAUUGGUAUUUUGUGCUUAAUGCUUAACUAUGAAAGUGUCUUAAAAUUCUGUCUACAGUUAAACAGUCCGUCAGUGUUAUAACUUUAUAUAAAAGGCUUUGUUCGUGUUAUUAUUGUCGUUUUUUCCCAAUUUUAAAUCUAAAAGUUGCCAGUAUUGAACAAAAUCUGUGAUAAAAGUGUGUGUUUGUUCUAUUAUAAAAAAUCAGCUCAAAAUUACAUGACAGUGAUAAUUUUUAGUCUAUCAAUGUAUUCAGUUCAGGCUAAAUUAUUUAAAUGGUGUUUUACAUUUUAUCUUGGUCAGUAUAGGAUUGUAAUAAUUGUUAACUUUAUUACUGGAGAAAAGUGUUGCUCUGUUAUGUGUCAUAUUUUUCAUUGGUUCUCUCAUUAAUUUCGACCAGUUAAAAUUUUGUAAAGAUUGAUCAAGAUCAAUAUGUUAAUGUUUGUGAACACGUUGUUAAUACAGCUUUGUCAUUGGUCAGUUUUCAAAUAAAAAAGAAGUAAACAAUAGCAAAUAAGAUAAUAAGUUUUCAAAAGGGUUUUAUAGUUUGUCAUCAAUGUGGACAUUUACCUAAUUUUUAUGUAAAUUACUUAAAAGAGUUUAUAGUUUUUAUUUUGUAAUAAGAAUUCAGGGCGUUGGAAUUUUUUGUUUUAGUAUAAUAUUUUGUGAAUAAAGCAGACCUAUUGAGAAAUAAAUUUAGUUUCUUUUAGUGUUAGAAAUAAGCUGAAAGUUCCUGGUCAUUCAGUGAUAUGGUCAAUAUGAAUAAUUUCUUCAUAAUUUUUACGAGGCAUUUUGAAGACUUGAGGUCAACCCACCAUAGUUAAAAAUCUCUUUAACAGAAACCUCACCAAUAGUGUCAUAAAUAAACAUAAUUAUCAUCCCGCCAAUGUCUCUAAUAUUUCACAGAAGUGUUAACAAAAUUUGAGAUUGAUAUAGUUGUUUAUUAAUAUGUUUUCAAUGUCAUACACGGCUAAUAAUCUAUUUCUAAUUCUGGUAUUCAAUGAUUACAUUUUAUAUAACAUUUUGAACUUUAUUGCCAAUAAUUGUAAAAUUAUCUUAUUUUGAUGUGAUAAGUUAGAUAUUGAAUGUUUAUGAUUUGAAUGAUAUUAGUUAAUGAAUGGUUUAAAUGAAUUACAGGGCCAAUGAAUCAUGUGAUAAGUCAUUUAUUGAAUGUUUAUGAUUUGAAUUACUCCGCCAAAUAUCAUGAUAAAACAAUUUUGCUUGUAUAGUACUCAUAGUUAAUACAUUUAGAAUACAUUUGAGAGUUUGUUAGGAUGAAUAUAAUGUUAGUUUAAAAUAUUGUUGGAAAAAAUGAUGGAAAAAAAUGAUGUAUCACCUAGUAAAUUUGUUUGAGUUAAAUAAACAUUUUUGAAAAAGUGUGCAUGUCUGCUGGUCGGACGACCCCACCCACCAGUGUUUCAAUUGAAGAGAAUAAACGAACUCAGUCCAUCUGACAGCUCUUGUUGUUGAUCCUAGUUACAUGGAAAUUUAUUUCAUUUAUAUAUAAACACAAACAUUGAUUUUUUUAAAAGCUAUUUAUAAAAUGGAUGUAAUUUGCCUUAAAAUAUUUUAACAGUUCACCAGAUUUAGUUUGCCAUUUGAAUAAAUUUGUAACAUUUUAUAGAUAUAUAUAUGUGUAUGACAUUACACAUCAACAUUUAUUACAUGUAUAUGACAUUAAAUUCUCUCUUUCUUUAUUUCACCAUCGAUGAUUUAUCUGUAUACAACCACCUCAUUUUUAUAGUCAUUUUAACAUGUGUAACAAUAGACCUGGACAUACUUAUCGUAUGUCCCAGCAAUAGAGUAAUGUUAAAUGAAAAGAGAUUUCUUUAUUCAUGAUUUGAAAAUAUAUUCUUGAGGACUUUAAUUUGCCAUAUUUCUGUUUGAAAGAAGAUUUUGUAUAUAAUCAAAUUAUAUUAAUUAUGAACAAGCAGAUAUAUAAGUGUUUUUCUCUCUUUUACAUUUACAUUAGUUACUCAACUACAAUGUCAUGUAAAGCAUGCUUCACAAUAAAAUAUGUUAAUGAGUA